GUCAGUCGGGCGAGUCAGUACUGGUCCAAAGCUGUUUCCUUCUGUCAUCCAGUCAAGUUCAGGUGGUCUCCUAAGCACUUGCCUAUGGAAUCAGGUGGGAUCGACGUUGUGGUGAGCUUGAUCGCUGUUUACGCCGGUUAAAAUCAGGAACGAUAGGCCUGUGCUGUCCAGUGAUUCAACUGACUGGAGAGUAAUUCAUUGAACUCCGAAGUAAUCGAGUAGAUCACUCCAUUUUUCUAGCCUCACAUUUUUUUUCGUGUCUUGUGCGGAGCUGAUGUGCUGUGAAUUCUACGAUUUUCGAAUGAUUAUUUGCAAAUGGAGGAUUGUUAAUGUGAUUAGUGGUGAUACGUGAGGUGUAGCUUUGUGUACUUUUGUUAUUUUCACCGGAGACUAGUGACACUAUUGGAUUUGAGUUAUGAUGCCAUUACGCGAUGCUGUGCUCGUCAACUCAAGAUUGCGAGGACCUUCAUCAACAACGUGGCUCUAUCUCUUCGCCGAGUUCUUCCUGGGAGCGGUCUUCUCGGCGGCGUUAGCACUUCUAGGAGUUGUGAGGACGAUCUUGCCGAAACCACCCAGGAACUUGAGUGGAGAUGUUGUUUUGAUAACAGGUGUAACCUCGCCCCUGGGUAAAUGCAUGGCCGAGGCAUUCGCUCGAGUCGGUUGUACCAUUGUAUGCGUAGACAGUGGCCUCGAAUCUGUGAGAAAAACCGCCGACGAAGUGGUAUCCCAGUAUCCAGUGAUCGAGGGCGUUGGGCCAGCUCACAGGAAACAGGAUGCAACUGUUGUGCUGGGUAAAAGGGUAUGGGCAUACGAGUGCGACCUGGGAAAUAGAAAUGAAAUAAGAGAAGUUGCUGAGCGAGUGAUGAGCGAUAUUGGUAGAGUCGAUGCACUCAUCACGUGCAUUGGCCACCCUGGACUCGACAUCUUCGACACUGUCAGCACGACCCUGAUGAGUUACUACUGGACGGUCGUGGCAUUCCUUCCUUUCAUGCUGCAACAGGAAAGAGCUCACGUUGUCGGUGUUACGCCGACGACUUCUACUGAGGACGCUUACAGGGGGACUCGUGCUGCCAUUGCAGGACUGAUGGAGAGUCUGGGUCAGGAGUUUAGCGGUCGCAGCGGUCAAAUAAAUUUCAUCACAGUCGCACCAAAGGCUGAUCCGAGAUUAUUGAGGCACAGUGAAGAGCAAGUCGCCAAUGACGUUGUGGAGGCGGUGCGGAGGGACCAGUGUUGUCUAUCAGCCAAUUGGUGGUCGACAAUUCUAUACCGAAUUAGUUGUGCAAUUCAUGGAGUCAUAACGCACAUCACGCGAUGGCUGUACACGCAAGGAUGUGACGAGCCCUUCUGAAGAGUCAUUUUCUAUUGUUAUUUCAUUGAAUUGUAAAUCUCUCUCUCAUUGUCAUAUUGAAAAAAAAUGAUUUCAUCAAAAUGUGAAAAAAAAUUAUUUCGCUGUGAAUUUCGUGUGAAAAAAAAGACAAAAAAAAGUAAAAAAAAAAUUAAUUAUAAUAAUAUUAUUAAUUAGUAGUUAAUAACGGUCUGAUAAAUUAUAUUUCUAUUUGUUUGUAUUACAACAAUAUUUAUCAAUUCAACAAUCACAAUUUUAUUAUUUUUAGUAAAAGUAGAAUACAACAUUUUACGAAAAGAAAUUAAUUUUUACUUCGAAAAUUAAUUUGUAAUUUUUCAAGGACACUUUUUAAUCGCAGAUGGAGUGAGGUAAUGGUUAUUUGGAUUGUACAUCUCAGGGGUCAAGGAACAGGACGUCAUAAUGACCACUAUCUGAGCGUCCGGUGAACAAAAGUCUAGCUGUUUCCCGGUUGCCAUUGACACGAUUGUGAAAAACUUGUUUUAUGUCAUACUCGCUGACUCUACGGUAAAUUGAGAGAUUUAAUCUGUAGAGUUUUGUUGCAACAGUGCACUCUAGUUCACUUGCAUAGACACCCUCGUUUUUCAUGAAAUCUAGGUAGUCCUGGGGAUUUGAUAUAUUCCAUUCUGCUGUAACGAACGGCGCGUGCUCUCGCCAAUGGUCCACUAUAUGAUGUACAACCUGUAGAGAACAUGAGUUUCAUGUGAGAUUUGUUUACGCAGAAAGAAAAUUCUCCUUUUGUAAAAAGGACAUACACCUCAAAUCUCGAAUCGAAUCGAACAUAUCGAAAUUCCGUAACACUUAUUCGUGAUUGGUAGAUACAUUCACAACGGCAAAAUUUGAAUUUCACAAGUACACAAGUAUCAAGUAAAUCAAGUCAAAGGAUGAGUUAAUUAGUAGAAAAUAAAAACUUUGUUAGAAAAUGGAAAUGAAACAAGUUACUCAUCAAAUGUAAAUAUCUAUAUCUUAUCGAAACUCCUGUAUUUUCCAAGUCGUCUUACAGCUUCAAGACAUUUAAAAUUUUGCAUGUUGCCUACAAGUGGGAAAUAGAUCAGCUGUGAAUAUAUCAGCAAUUUUUAAAGAUCCAUGUUUACGAAAUGAUGACGUGUUCAACGUCAUACGCGAUUACUUCAGGAUCAUUUUGGUAUAAUUAUUUUGAAUUUAAAUAUUACAUUGACUUUUUAUAUCCCUAUAAUUCAACUGCUCUACUCAUACAGUAGUUAAAAUAAGGUGCGCUCACCGCAAAUGUGACUUAAAUAAAAAAUAUCACAACAAUUAAGAUUAACCAAAUCGCGCGCGGUGGCGCGCGACUAUGUCUCGUAUUAUUAAAAGGGCCAGGGGUUUUAGAAUUGUUUUGAUUUUCAUUUCGAUGAUUUUCGAUGGAACAUGACUGGAGCCACAUAAAUGCUGGAAUUUGUGGAAUAAAAAUAUUAUAUAUUAUAUAAAAA